CUCAGUAUUGCAAUUUCACGGACUUGCCCUUUGGACCGACGAUCGCAAUGGCAUUGGGCCCUCAGCUGUACAAUGCUGCGUUCGAUGGUGACAUCAGCGACGUCCAGCGCCUGCUUAAGGAAGGCGCCGACGUCCACUGGGCCAACGAGGAUGGAUAUACACCGCUGUUUGUUGCUGCGCAGAACGGUCAUGACGCUGUCGUCAAGACGCUCCUCGGCGCCAACGCCGCAGUGAAUCUAGCUUUGGACGUACGUUCUCUUCUUUUGCCGACUGGAGAGACGCCGCUGUUCAUUGCUGCUGAAAACGGGCACGACGUUGUCGUCAAGACGCUCCUCGGAGCCAACGCAGCGGUGAAUCUAGCUAUGAACGAUGGAUCGACGCCGCUGUUUAUUGCUGCGCAGAGCGCACACGACGUUGUCGUCAAGACGCUCCUCGGCGCCAACGCAGCAGUGGAUCUAGCUAAAAACACGGGAGCGACGCCGCUGUUUGUUGCUGCACAGGACGGUCAUUACGAUGUCGUCAAGACGCUCCUCACCGCCAACGCCGCUGUGAAUCUAGCUAUGAACAACGGAGCGACGCCGCUCUACGUCGCUGCUCAGUACGGUCACGAUGCUGUGGUCAAGACGCUCCUCGGCGCCAACGCUGCUGUGGAUCAAGCUAUGAACGUACUUUGCACCAAAUGA